UUUUUGGCUUGCUCUAUGUCACAUCACAAAAUUUUUAGAAGAUCGUUCCGUUUAUUUUUUCUCUCUUAGUGUGUUUGCGCAUCUCAUUCUGUUCAUACGUUUUUGAAGGAAAAAAUAAUUAUAUUGAUUUGUAUACCGGGUCGAGGAAAAUAUUUAAGCAAAAAAAAAAUAAAAAAUAAAACGUGCAUAAAUUAAAAGAAAACAAAUGAAAAAAAUAAAAUAAUAAAUAAGGAAAACGGGGUCAAUCCUACACAUGUGAAAACUUUAAAAAUUAAAAGAAUAAAAAAAUAUACGAAAAAAGAAGAAACGAAAAUAAAUUCUUCCUAAAAUAAAAUGAAAUAAAAAAAAAGUAAAAAAAAAAUAAAGUGUUUCCUUCUUUUUUAUAUUAUUAUUGUUCUUUUUUUUUUUGCCAAAGGAAGCCUUAAAAAUGUACAACAGAAAUAUAUGCCAACUAUAUGGAAAAAUAACAAUUCGGAAUAGAAGAAAAUGAAUAAAUUGCUUUAAAUUAAAAAAAAAUUCUCGAAAAAAAAAAAAUUGGAAAUUUUUUCCUUUUUAAAUAUUGUUUUUUUUUUCUUGCUGAAUUGCUAGUUUCAUUUUCCUAAAAAGGAACAAAAAAAAAAAAUAACACAAAGUUGAAAAAGUUAAACAAAUUAAAUGAAAAAUUCAAUUGGAGAGAGAGCAAAACGAAAGAAAAGACAACAAUAAAAAUUACAUGAAGAAUUUUUUUAAGGAUACUAUAGGAUAAAAAUAUCAUUUCAUUCCGUUAUCUUAUUUCGUUUUUUGUUUAUUUUUACUAUAUUGUUGUUGUUAUCAUCAAAUUUUGUUGCUAUUUUCUUUAGAAACCAAAAAAAAAACAACAACCGAACACAAUGUAUAUCUAUCAAUGUCUGAUACUUAUUGUAUUCUUAAGUGGAUUUAUUGAAAGUAUUUCGAAAACCUCCUUUGAAUCACCCAACAACAAAUUCCAACAACAAUUACCAUAUGAACAAAAAUUAAAGGAAACAAAACAAAAAUAUAAAAAAAAUAUUGAUAAUUCUAAUGAAGACUCUUUACUAUCACUAUUAUUUUUAAACAACAACAAACAAGAAUAUCAACAACAACGAAAACAUCAACAAAAACAACAGAAACAUGAUCAAAAACAAAAAGAAUAUGAAAUGCAGCACAAACAAUUCGAAAAACAGAAAUUUCCAAAAAAGGAUACAAUAGAUUCUAUUGAAUCGAUUUCAUAUAAAAAUCAUUUAUUCAAAAAUAGUAGUAAUCAUUAUCAAUUCAAUUCACAAUUCAAUCAUUAUUCUAAUUCUAAUACUAACAAUCAUAUUACUCAAGAUUUAAAUCAAUAUAAAGAAAAAGAGAAUGAAAAUAAAAUUCAAUUUACAACGAAAACUACAACGGCAACAACAACAGCAACAACAGUAACCGUAACAGAAAAAACAUCUAUAAUAAAACCAGUAAUAAUAACACCAACAACAAUAGUAACAGCAACAACAUCAUCAUCGAAAUCAUCAACAAAAUCAUCAUCAAUUAUUUCAAUUGUUCCAACUCGAACACAAAACGAAAAUUUACAUCGAAAAAAGAAAUCAUUAUCACCAUUAUUUUCAUCAUCAUCAGCGGUAUCAUCAUCAAGAUCAAUAGAAGGAUUAGAUGACAUCAACUAUGAUGAUUAUUUAAAUACAAAGAAUCCAAAUUUAUUAGAAUUAUCAGAAGAAUCAUCAUUAUUAUUACAAGAGAAUGAUAAUGAUGAUGACGAAGAAUUUAUAGGUCCAAAUGGUAGUUAUGCUUAUGAAGAUAUUAUUGAAAAUUAUAAGAAUUCAGAUAUAAUUAGUAACAACAACAACGACAAUAACAAUAAUAAUAAUAAUGAUAAUCAUAAAAAUUAUCAUCAACCAUUAUCAAUUUUCAAUAAUAAUAAUAGUGAAUCAAAUAAAAUGACAGGAUUUUAUAAUGAAAAUAUAACAGUGUACAAUAAUAAUAAUAAUAAUAAUAAAAAUAAUUAUAAGGAAACUAUUAAUAGUAACAAUGAUAAUCUUAAUGAUAAUAGUGACAAUAAUUAUUUUAAUAUUAAUAGUAAUAAUAAUUUUAAUAGCAAUAAUCAUAAUGAAGGAGUACAAUCAAAUGAUCAACCAUAUUUAAUGAUUAAUAAAGGAAAAUCACCUAUGCAAUCACACAUCAAUAAAUUAUUAUAUACAAAAGAAUUUCAUUUAAAACAAGGUAAAAUUAAAGGUAUCAUUAGAACAUUUCAUCCGCAAAGUGGUUUAAGAGAUGUUAAUCAAUUUUUUGGUAUACCAUAUGCUGAAGCACCAGUUGGUAAUAGAAGAUUUUUACCACCAGGUACUUCAUUGCCAUGGAAUGGAUUAAAAAUGGCUACACAUUUACCACCAGUUUGUCCACAAAAUUUACCAAAUCCUACAUUGGCUAAUGUUAAAUUAGAAAAAGGACGAAGUGAUCAAUUACAACGAUUGUUUCCAUAUUUAAAAAAUGAGAAUGAAGACUGUUUAUAUUUGAAUGUUUAUGUACCACAAGAAGAUAGAUUUGAUAAAGUAGAAAAAUAUCCUGUCAUUGUCUACAUUCAUGGUGAAUCUUAUGAAUGGAAUAGUGGAAAUCCAUAUGAUGGUUCAGUUCUUGCCAGUUAUGGUCAAGUAAUUGUUGUAACAAUCAAUUACCGAUUGGGAAUUUUAGGAUUUAUGAAACCCGGUCUAAGUCAAACAACUGUCAGUAAUUUUGGUUUAUUCGAUCAAAUCGCUGCAUUAAAAUGGAUCAAAGAUAAUAUAGAAUCGUUUGGAGGUGAUCCAAAUCGUGUUACAUUAAUGGGUCAUAGUACAGGUGCAUCAUGUGUUAAUUUACUUAUGGUAUCACCGGUUGCAAAUGGUCUAUUUCAUCGUGCUAUUUUAAUGUCUGGUUCAGCAAUGGCUGAUUGGGCAACAACAAAUCAUUCAAUUCAUUUGACAAUGCAAGUUGCAAAUGGAGUCAAUUGCUUAACAACAGAUGAUGAUGAAAAGAUGUUAAAAUGCUUAAGGAGUAAAAGGUAUAAGGAUUUUCUUAAAGUUCAAACUGGAUUAUCACCAUUUGUAACAGCGAUUGGACCAAUUGUUGAUGAAAUUAUAAUACCAGCACAACCGUAUAAAAUGAUGAGCCAAAUAACUGAAACAUUUGGAAAGUAUGAUUUGCUAUUUGGUGUUACUGAAUUGGAAUCAUACAACGUUCUAGAUUCAAUGGCUUUAGAAGAAGGACUCACCGAAAAUGAACGCGAUCAAUUUUUACGAUUUUAUAUGAAUAGCCGUUAUGACAUACGACCUGAUUUAGCGGUAGCUGCAACAUUAAAACAGUAUAUGGAUGUUUACAAUAAUCCUUCAAAAGCAACGAAACAUGAACAUCGUGAUGUGGUUUUAGAUAUACUUUCAGAUGCUAGAAUUGUUGGUCCAUUAUUACAAACCGGUCUAUUUCAUGCUGAUGUUAAUCCUAGAAAUUAUAUGUACGUUUUUGGACAUAAUAGUGAAGCUGGAGCAUAUUCAAAUCUUCCUCAUAGUGUUGUUGGUGAGGAAUUAGCAUUUGUAUUUGGAGCACCUCUAGCUAAUGUUGGCCCGUUUCAUCAAAAAUAUACCACUUCAGAAAAACUACUUUCAGAAGCUGUUAUGACAUACUGGACAAAUUUUGCUAAAACUGGAAAUCCAAAAGCACCAUGGAAAGGAGGAUUUAUAAAUUCACAUAAAAUGGAAUGGGCACAUUAUGAUGUAGAUUGGCCUGAAUUUAAUAAACGUAAUCAAUGUUAUGUUAACAUUGGAAUACCACCAUCAUUGGAAAUGAAAUAUCGUAAUAUUUAUAUGAAUUUUUGGAAUAAAGAACUUCCAAAUGAAUUGAAUGAAAUUGCAGCAAUGCAAACAAAACCAAAAAUACAUUUUUAUCCACCAAGCAAUAAUGGUGCCAUAACAAGAAAUAAUUAUAAUCGUAAUGAUGAUAAUAUUAUUGCUGGUCAUAUACAAAAAUUUCCAUCAAAUAUGGCUCAUCAAGGUAACGUUGGUGGUGGUGGCGGUUCAACGAAAAUUGAAAAUCCAAUUCAUGAAUUAAAAAUGUUAAUGAAAGAGGAACAAAAUUAUUUGGGAUAUGGUGGUGAAGGUAGUAUUGGUGGUGGUGGUGGAAAUAAUGCUAACAAUAAUAAUAAUUAUAAUAAUGGUUAUUCUCCAAUUGAUAAUAUGUUAAAUGCCCAACCUACUUUUGGUAUCACACAUUAUAAAUCAUCUGAAUCAUCUAAAGAUCCAACAACAUCAUUGAGUAAUUAUGCCAGUGAGCCUGAAGAUUUACCGAGAGAUAUUCUUCGAUCUGAAGGUGCAUUGCAUAUACUGAUCGGAUUGAUUGUGUUAUUUUUAAUAUUAAAUAUAAUUAUUUAUUCAACAUUUUUAUUUAAAAGGAAAAAGAAAAAUUCAAAUCAAACGAAUAGAAAAGUUGGCGGUUUUAUUUCAUAUGAUGGAACGAAUGAUGAUGAUUUAAAACGUUCCAAAACAAAUGAUGGUGAUGACAGUUAUAUUUUGGAUAUGGUGAAAAGGCCUAAUGGUUAUGAUUAUGUUAAAACAAAAAGCUUAUCAUUAAAUGGUUUUAAAAUCACUCGACAAUUGAGUACAAGUACAGUUGAUGCGCAUGCUAAAGUAUCUGAUUGGAUGUCAAAUGAUAUUGAUAAAAAUAGUUCUGUUACAAAAAGUUCAAUAAAAACUUCUCCUUCGUUUUCACUUAAAACUCGUAGCUUUUUAAGGCGUCCACAUAAAGUUAGUGUGGCGAUUGAUGCUACACCUCAAGCUCGAAGCGAUAGUAUUUUAAGGCAGGAACCUAUUGAAAUAUCAAAAUAUAAAGGAACAGAUAACACUAGAAGUAUAAUUAUUUGUCAAGAAAUCGAUGUUGAUGUUGAUAUGUUGGAACCGGAAACAUACAAUGCAACACAAAAUUUAGGUCUUUAUGGUUAUACAACUGCAGCGACAAGAAAUGAUUUACAAAAUCAGGAAAAACGAUCCUCUGGUGAAUCUCCAUACAUAUCAGCUUUUAAUUCACCACAAACUUUUAACGACGAACAAAUCACCAGUUUUAUUGAUGAUAAUCGAAGUGAUAUUAAUGUAUCAACAUUAAAGCAGAAUGAACGUGACAAAUAUGAUCCAAGAAAUAAAUUGGGAAUAUUAGCAGAAGACAGUAGAAAUUAUCAAAAUGUUGGUUUACCUAAUGAUAAUACAAAAUGUCAGUUAUCAUUAGCAACUUCAAUAAACAAAAUGCCACCAGCACCACCACCACGUACUAUGUCAACACUUCGACAAAUACCACCAUUACUACAUCAAAGAGAAAGUUCAGUAGAUAUAACAACAUCACCGUUAGCAAUAGCAAAAGACUGUAGUCCAGAUGAGGCUGAAGAACCACCAAUUACUGAAAAUACAUUAAUUGUUGGUCCAUUAUUACCAAAAACACAUGAAAAUUUAUAUUCAACUCUAAAAAAGAAACCACAAUCACAAAAAAAAUUAAAUUUAAAUCAAAUUGAAGAGACUGUUAUAAAUGAUGAGACUGUUUGUAAAAAUGAAAAUGAAAAUGAAAAUACAACUGUAAUAGAAAUUUCUCCAAAAAUUGAUUUAGAUGAUAAAAAAUUAAUAAAACCAUCUGGUAUUAAACCACCAACAAUUUAUCCAUUAAAAACAGCAGCUGAAUUAAAAGAAAUACAACAAAAUAAAAAUAAUCAAAAUAUAGGAACUGGAAAAAUAUCAUUGCUUGGUAUGGCUAAAAUGAAUAAAAAUAUUAUUGAAAAAUCAAAAAUACCACAAUUAAAAACAACUGAAUCACGACAGCAUAAAUAUCGUGAUAAAAGUAAAAGUAUAGAUUCAUCAUCAUCAGAAUCAAGUUCAAGCACGGAAACUGUUAAAACAGAAUUAAAACAAAUUAAAUAGUGUUAAUUAUAUAAUAUUUUAUUGUAAAACCAUUAUAGUAUUUAAUUAUUUACAAAACAAUAAUACAUUUUAUUUAUUAUUUUCAUAAUAAAUUAAUUAAAAUAUUAAUAUGUAUUAACCAUA